AUGAAGGAUGUAGGACAAGAAAGGUACAGAAAUGACAACGAUAAAUGUGAAGAAUUGAAGAAUCACCAAGUGACUGAUCUUGAUAGUGAUAUAACAGACCUACCGGCAUUUGAUAAACACGUGGUUGCCUCUGGGACAACAGAAACGAUACGAGCGUCUUCAGGUGGUCAAUCUUCCAAGCAACAGGUCUCAAGAAGGAGCUCUGUCAGAGAUACGCCAAUAGCAGCUUCCACAACCCCCAGGCAAAGGAAUGCAAAUAACAACAGCACUGAUGAAGAUACCACCAAUAAGGAAAAGCUUUCGAAGAAGCUCCAGCCCUGGGUAUUGGCCAACAAAGGUUCGGUGGCAAGGGACCAUAUGGCCAACGAGAGAACGUUUUUGGCCUGGAUCAGAAGUGCCAUGUUGACGCUUACCUUGGGCAUAGCAUUCAUCCAGAUGUAUUCGAUUUCGUCUCGAGCCACGUAUGCACUUGUUGAAAACGCAGAUGUGCUGCUUAAAAAAAAACUCAGAAGGGAAGAUGCUGGGCUUGAUGUGUUGGCCAGACCACUCUCUAUCCUAUGUGCUGUGUUCGCUGCUUUCAUGGUCAUUGCAGGCUACUGGCGUUACUUGAGGGUGCAAAGGGCAUUGACCAACAAUCAAUAUCCUGCUAGCCGGGCGCUAGCACUUACGGUUGUGUUGUUGUCGUUAGUGAUCUUGGGACUCGUGCUAGGCCUAGCAAUUCGCACCGGCGAGGCAUGA